UCUAUCUUAGGACCAUAGUGCCAUGGAGGACAUUUCGUCAGGCUCUCCAUGAGUUUCACCCAAUCAGCUCGGGCUUGGAGGCCAUGGCUCUCAAGUCCACCAUCGACCUCACAUGCAACGACUACAUCUCAGUCUUUGAGUUCGACAUCUUCACCCGGCUCUUCCAGCCAUGGUCGUCACUUUUAAGGAACUGGAACAGUCUGGCAGUCACGCACCCGGGUUACAUGGCCUUCCUAACCUACGACGAGGUCAAGGCUCGACUGCACAGGUUCAUCCACAAACCUGGCAGCUACAUCUUCAGGCUGAGCUGCACUCGGCUGGGCCAGUGGGCUAUCGGCUACGUGACAGCUGAUGGGAACAUCCUGCAGACCAUCCCCCAUAACAAACCGCUCUUUCAAGCCCUCAUUGAUGGAUACAGAGAGGGAUUCUACCUGUUCCCAGAUGGUCGUACACAGAACCCAGACCUAACAGGGCUGUGUGAACCUUCUCCACAGGACCACAUCAAAGUUACUCAGGAGCAGUACGAGCUGUACUGUGAGAUGGGCUCCACUUUUCAGCUCUGCAAGAUCUGUGCAGAGAACGACAAAGAUGUGAAGAUCGAGCCCUGCAGGCACCUGAUGUGCACUUCCUGUCUGACAGCGUGGCAGGAGUCGGAGGGUCAAGGCUGCCCGUUUUGCCGCUGUGAGAUCAAAGGCACGGAGCCCAUCGUGGUGGACCCGUUCCACCCAAAGGCCAGCGGGACCUCCUUUGCUGGUUUUCAGGGUUCCAGCAGAGCAGAAGCUGCCGGCAAUGACGAGGAAGAUGAUGACCGCCUGGAGGAUCACCUUGUCAUGAGCAGGCUGGCCUGCACCAAGGUCGAGCGCUCACCCUCUCCAGUCUCUCAGCUGCCUCCGGUGCCCCCCAGACUGGACCUCCUGCAGCAGAGGCCCUGCAGCUCCCACAGCGCACAGACUCAGGGAGCCACAUCCAAGAUGGCGGCCACUCACAGGGACAAGCCUCUACCUCUGCCUCCAACCCUGAGAGAGCUGCCCCCUCCUCCCCCUCCGGAGCGCCCCUCCCUGGUCGGCCAGGACUCCAGACUCCAGAGGAGGCCGCUGCCGUCCACCCCUGACCAGGCCGCCUGGGCCUCCAACUACAUGGUCCCGCGUCCAGCAACAAAGGUCCUGUCAGCCUUGUCCCCCAUCCCUCAGAACAACGGAACCAGUGGAGAGGGAAGUAAACCCCAGGCAGCCACCAACGUCGUCUACUGCCUGACUGCAAGAUCUCCGCCAGCGUCGGCAGCAUCGAGUGGGGAGAAGUCUGACUGUGAGGAGAAUGAGUACAUGAGUCCCACCUCUCUCCCCGCUGCUGGUGCACCCUGGGUCAUCACUGGCUCCCUGGUGCCGCCGGUGCAGGCAAACCACCACAACGACAUCAGUGAAGCGGCUGAAAGCGACUCUGAGGAGCCCAUCGUCUACGAGUCCAUGUGUAACAUCCAGGCCCAGGCCGGUUCCUCCGAGGCGGCACAGGCCUCUGAACCGGACCAACCGCAACAUUCACCCGCGGUUCCCCAGGACAAGGAGGAGGAGAGCAUUGAGGAGGAUGUUUACGAGUACGACUGUCCCAGACCGGUCAUCCCUCCGGCCCCCACCAGGAGGACCCUGUCGGAUAUGGGCGGUCCCGCAGCGGCCUUCAGCACUCUCAGCAUCGACAGUGCAGUCGAAGCCAGUAUGUUUGCAGCGGGGGCCGAACCGGACCGUCCCCCCAAGCCUCUGCCACGGCGUGUCAACUCCGACCGACGGCCUCGGCCGGCGAACCGUGAAUUUGCCGCUCCAUUGCCAGACCUCCCCGGUCCCUCCUCGGCCUCUCCCUCUCCUGCUCCUGGCCCCGCCCCCGGCCCCGCCCCCAGCCCCGCUCCCGGCCCCGCUCCUGGAAGCCAGACCCUAAACGGGGAGAUUGAAUGCUUGAUAUCCCAGGGCUACUCCAUUCAGGACAUCCAGAAAGCCCUGAUGAUCGCCCAGAACAACCUGGAGACGGCCAAGAACAUCCUGAGGGAGUUUGUCUCCAUCGCCACAUAGUCGCUGCAGAAGCCCCGCCCCCCCCUCUGCCCCCCCUCUCUGUCUCACUCUGUGCCAUUACCAUGGAUCGCAUUAAACAAGCACUUUCCUGCAGGGCUAAACGUAUCGUACUCUGAAGAGAGCAAAGUGGCUGCGUUCACGUCAUAUCGGAGGAAUGCGGACGACUUCAUCCGCUCGCUCUCGUCUUUGAAACACCCGACCAAACGGGGAACUAACUGCAGCAGAUAUCACUUGCUUUUUUCUAAGUGGAGUUUUGUGUUAAAAUAUAUUAUUUUGAUUAUCUCGGACUACUGUUAUGCCAAUUGUUUGCCAUUGGAUCCUAAAACAUCUCCUUGUUUUCUAGUCGGCAGCACUUGAGGAUCGAGGGCUCCCACUAACGGGAAGUAUCCGACGGCGGGUCCAGUUUGGUUUCAAGAACAGCUCGGUCGGAGCAGACGAGUCCGAUAUGAUGUGAACGUACACGGAGAAGGAACGCCUUUUAAUGUGAGCUCUCUGUAGCCAAGUGUUGACCCUGUUGCUCUUCGUCCACUCGUGCCGUGGCGUCGUCCGCUAAGCUGAGGUGACCAGUAGAAGUAUUGUGCGGAUAGUCGGCGUUCAGUUUGGUGCUUUUUACGGGCUUCUUGGCAAAUCUGUGGUGUAUGAAUAUGUAGCGAGGUUAGUUCUGUUGUGCGUGUGUGUGUGUGUGUGUGUGUGUGUUCAGUGCUGAUGAAUGUUCAGUGCCGUGUUGCAGGGCUUCGGUUCGGAGGCGUCGCCGUGGCCUCGCUCCGGUUCUUUUCGACGGCGUUCGACGAGUUGAACUUGAACUCCGUGUUUUUCCUCUCAGCUCCCGGUCCAAUGACGGUUCUAUGAUGAAAUAACACGGUUUAAUGUUUGAAGUCCUCUCAUAAAUUGUUGUGCCGAGUGUCGAACUAACUGGCUUGAUUUUCAGACGUUUAGUUUGUCCUUUAAUUCCAUGAUCGCUCGCCACCAUCACAGGUGGUCUGACACUGAAGGCUGGUUGAUUUACGUUGACGCUUCUGUGUACUCUCAUGGGUUCCUACGAAUAAGGAACAUGUCUUUAAUGGGGUAAUUUAUAUUGUUUGAAGUGGGGAUGUAUGAGAUACUUAUCCAUAAUCGGUUCAUUACUGACAGUAAAAGGCGAUCGCGAUGCUCUAGUUGGGAGAAACAAGCACAGGAGAGCAAAGUACCUCUGAGGAGACGCACACGACUCCACUUCAACACAACAUGAACGAGUCCUUUAACAUGUGCCGUUAGAUUUCCUCUCCCGUGCUGAUGGGAUUAAGCUCACAUUAAGCUCUCGUUAUGGACCCAGUCAGUUGAGGAACUAGUUGAUGAAGGGAUGCACAUGGAGCCCUCAAGCAAAGAAACAGAAGGCGAUCCUGUCAGGGUUGAAUGUAAUGAACGCAGAUGCUGAAACCAAUAUUACACAUUGUUGGCGGUGUUGGGACACAUUAUCACAGAAACAUUCCACGGAUUGGAUUUCCCUGCUUAUUGUUAUUUGACAUGCAUUCCAUUUUAAAUCACUUUUGCAAUGCCGUAGUGCAAAGAUUAGAUUAGUGGAUUGACAGAAAACAUUGCGACAAUUAUUUUUGAUUACUGCGAAAACCUCAAAGUUCCAGCGUCUCAAUUGUAAGGAUGUCGCUGUUUUUAUUUUGUCUUGCGUGAAAGUGACUCGAUCGGUUGUGGGGUUUGAAGUGUUCAUUGGACAAAACUAGCAAUUUGAAAACGGCAAUUUAACAGACAUUUCACAAAUUUAAGACCAAAAGAUUAUUCGUGGAAAUUAUAAGCAGAUUAAUCACAACGGUGGACAUGAUUGAACGUCGUUAGCGUCCGACUGAAUCUAAAAACAGAAUGCUGUAAAGUUCUGGACCGAUAAUGAGAACCUUCCCCUCCGAGUCACUGCCAGAAACAAGACGAGUCCGAGUCUUCACACUUUCACAUCUUUCAAACAGAGAUGUCUGCAGUGUCCUCCUUUUUUCCCGCCUUUUAAAAAAAAUAGAUCUUUAGUAAUCACUUUUGAUUUCUGGUCGUAACACGCUAAUGUGCCUUCUGUCAAUCGCGAGCCGCACAUGCCAGCAACAGACCAACCAGAAGGAGAACAGUUCCUCACGCUUACUUCUCCAAUGAAAUCGACACCGCUUUAUCCCAAAUGGAUCAUUUUGAGUUCCCAACAAUACAGAAAUGUAUACCUGAGACUUCAUGAAUACAAUUUUCAUGGUUUUGAAACCAAGAUAUCUGCUGAGGCGGAACAUUUUACAGCUGAAAAAUCUACUUUUAAUGUUCCCUGUUGGAUAAACUGGCGAAAUGGUCGUACGUUGCAUUCAUCAAUGUAAAAAAAGAAAAUGAAGCCCAUAUCUUGUUUCUAUGACUUGGUUUACUUACAAUUUUGUGGUACUAAUUAUAAUAUACUGUCAUAAUUUGUUUUAUUUAUUUAUUGAAUGCAAUGUGCAACCGUACUUUGCAGUUAAUACCGAGGGCGGGCGGCUGGAACCCAAAAGGACCGAUGCUGCCGAUACAAAGUCUGGCUUUGAGUAACGAUACUCGCGUCGAGAAAGAAAAAUAUCCAUGAGUUUGACCCCAUUCUGGUCACAUGAACACUUUUCUAUGAUCGCACCUCUGCUGCGGUUGUGUGUAAUUACUUUUUUUCCGUGAUAAAAUUCACAACAUGCAUAUUAUUAAGUCACUAACAAAGAAUUACAAGAAUAAAAUACUAAUAAUUCCUGACAUUUCUCUUGCGUACAUUACCUGCUUUUAACAAUAACAAGUAUCGGUCAGCGGCUCGAAAUCAGAUUUUGUGGGAUCUUCCAGCUUUUGUCCUGGCAGAUUUGUCAGGCUCCAAAUUUAAAUGCAAUACAUUUUUCUUUUCAAAAUAAAUUUUAAAUAUCUCAGCACCGCUGUAGAAUCCAGUCAGAUCUUUGAAAACAGACAUAUGCUAAGUGUGAUUAGAGUAUUGAGGAAACUUGCAAAACAAUAAGGACCUCUGCACUGACCCCCCCCCUGCUGACGGGGCAGAGUUUGGUGAAACUGAGGGUUUGCAGCUUUAAUUUGCCCCAAACAUUUGAGCCCAUUUUACAAGCAGCAUGCUGCCCGGCGGCCCGUCUUGGUUUCCAGAGAAUGUGUCGUCGGUAAGCAGCCUUGCGUUCCCUCGAUCUCCACUGGUGAAUUACGUGUGGCAUCGUCAUGGUAACUAAUAUUUUCAACAAGAACUUGCCUACUAAAAAGCUGUCUUCAAAGGUUGUUGCCUUUUUGUAAAUAUGAUUUUAUUUAUUGUCUUUUUAAUCCUCAGCAUUUGUUGUGUUGCCAUGUUUCAUGCCUAAGCCAUUAAGAUUUUUAAUUAAACAGUAUUUUCUUUAA